AUUUUAUUUCUGGGGGUUUCUGAGAAAUGAGUUCGGCCGACCCCGCGCAACUCUUCGACGGGCCCGUCGGCUCGGGUAGCGGCGGCAAUGCGUCUGCAAGCAGCAAGAGCACCGCAGCGCCAUCCAGCAGCACCACUAACACUAACGCAUAUCUACAUCCAGUGGCCGUCGCCUUCCACCUGCUCUUCCGCACGGGCGCCGUGCUCGCGUACUUGCUCUGCGGCUUCUUCUCGGACAACUUUGUGACCAACUUUAUUGUGAUUGUCAUGCUGCUCUCGUUGGACUUCUGGACGGUCAAGAACGUCAGCGGACGCAUCCUCGUUGGCCUGCGCUGGUGGAACGAAGUCAAACCCGACGGCCAGACAAUGUGGCGCUUCGAGUCGCGCAAGGACACGUCCGGCAUCGACGCCAACGAAUCAAGGCUCUUCUGGAUCACGCUGUAUCUCUACACGGCUGUGUGGCUGUUAUUCUCAAUCCUCAACCUGGCCCUCAAGUUCCAGUGGCUUCUCGUCGCUUUUGUUGGCUUGGCCCUGAAUCUCGCCAACGUUAUUGGCUACACAAAGUGCGACAAGAAUGCAAAGCAAAAGCUCGCCAACCUUGCAGGCAGCUUUGUAACACCCAGCAUGGUGACUUCCGCUGCAAAGACGCUCAUCUCGAUGGCCACCUCCAGCAGUAGCAACAACAACCAAACACGGCAACCGUCUGGAGUUUGAGCGAGCUCGAUAUAGUUUUUGUUUCGUGUUUUGUGUGUGUGUGUGUGUGUGUGUGUGUGUGAUAGGCUGCGUGCCAGUGAUGCAAUAAGAAUUGCUUAAUAUUGUUUUCCAAUGCGGCGAAACGAAAUCAAAAACAAACAAAAC